GCUGCCAUCCUAGCUUAUAAGGAGUAGUGACAGGGAGGGGGACUCUGGAAAGGCUGGGGAGUCGGGGACAGGAGAGAGAAGGCUACAGACCCAGAGGGAGGGAGGACAAGGAGUCGGAAGGAGGAGAGAGGAGGCACACAGACACAGAGCAAGGGCGGCCAGGAGGAGACCCUGGUGGGAGGAAGACACUCUGGAGAGAGAAGGGGCUGGGCAGAGAUGAAGUUCCAGGGGUCCCUGGCCUGCCUCCUGCUGGCCCUCUGCCUGGGCUGUGGGGAAGCUGGCCCCUUGCAGAGUGGAGGGGAAAACACUGCAGCAAAUGUUGGGGAGGCCAUUGGACAUGGCAUGGGAGACGCCCUGAGCCAAGGGGUUGGACAGGCCAUUGGCAAAGAGGCCGGAGGGGCAGCCGGCUCUGGAGUCAGUGAGACCCUUAGCCAAGGGACCAGAGAAGCAGUCAGCACUGGAGUCAGGCAGCUUCCCGGCUCUGGCGCAGCAGACGCUUUGGGCAAUAGGGUCGGGGAAGCAGCACACGCCCUGGGAAACACUGGGCGUGAAAUUAGCAGACAGGCUGAGGAUAUCAUUCGACAAGGAGCAGAUGCUGUCCACAGCUCCUGGCAGGGGGUGCCUAGCCACAACGGUGCUUGGGAAACUUCUGGAGGCCAUGGCAUCUUUGGCUCUCAAGGUGGCCUUGGAAGCCAGGGCCAGGGCAAUCCUGGAGGUCUUGGGACUCCAUGGGGCCAGGGAUACCCUGGAAGCUCAACAGGCAGCUUUGGAACCAACCCUCAGGGAGCCCCCUGGGUUCAAGGAGGCAACGGAGGGCCACCAAACUUUGGGACCAACACUCAGGGAGCUGUGGCCCAGCCUGGCUAUGGUUCAGUGAGAGGCGGCAACCCGAAUUCAGGGUGCACUAACCCCCCACCAUCUGGCUCGGGUGGAAGCUCCAGCAACUCUGGGGGAGGCAGCAGCUCAGAGUCGGGCAGCAGUGGCAGUGGCAGCAAUGGUGGCAACAGUGGUGGCAGCAACAAUGGUGGCAGCAGUGGCAGCAACAGUGGUGGCAGCAGUGGCAACGGCAGUGGCAGCAACAGUGGUGGCAGCAACAGUGGUAACAGUGGUGGCAGCAGAGGUGACAGCAGCAGCGAGUCCUCCUGGGGAUCCAGUUCCGGCUCCUCCUCCGGCAACCACGGUGGGAGCGGCGGAGGAAAUGGACGCACCCCCGGGUGUGAAAACCCAGAGAAUGAAGCUCGCGGGACCGGGGGAUCUGGGGCUCAGGACUACAGAGGACAGGGAGUUUCCAGCAACAUGAGGGAAAUAAGCAAAGAGGACAAUCGUGGCCUUGGAGGCUACCGAGACAAUUAUCAGGGGCAAGGGUCCAGCUGGGGUGGUGGAGGAGGUGAUGCUGUCGGUGGAGUCAAUACUGUGAACUCGGAGACGUCUCCCGGGCUGUUUAACUUCGACACUUUCUGGAAGAAUUUUAAAUCCAAGCUGGGUUUCAUUAACUGGGAUGCCAUAAACAAGAACCAAGUCCCCCCGCCCAGCACCCGGGCCCUCCUCUACUUCAGCCGACUCUGGGAGGAUUUCAAACACAACACUCCUUUCCUCAACUGGAAAGCAAUUACUGAGGGUGCAGACGCGACAUCACUGCAGAAGCGUUCAGGCGGUGCUGAUCAGAACUACAAUUAUAACCAGCAUGCCUAUCCCACUGGCUACGGUGGGCAGUACUCAGUCAAGACCCCUGCUAAGGGGGGAGUCCCGCCUUCUUCCUCAGCUUCCCGGGUACAACCUGGCCUGCUGCAGUGGCUGAAGUUUUGGUAGACAAUUUCUUCCAACCACUACCGAGGCCCCGAAAAGCACUGGUCAUCAGGGAACUCCUCCCCUUGGCCCCCAACCUGUGCCAGCCUUGGCUCGGCUGCUGCACCCCCACUUCCCAGGCUGGGGACCCGGCUUCUCUCUCCUCAUUUCCUACCAUUGCACGGUGGUGCUUCAGUGACCACCAGCCUCGUCGGAGACACCAGCCGCCUUCUCUACUUGCUCCAUUUUGUGAACUGAAGGCACUGUGACAGUUUUCCAGGAAGGAGGAGCUUCCUCCUUUUGAGUUUCUCUGCAGAAAUAAACAUGAAUCUUAUUUCCCUA